AUGAGACUGGUCAGGCUUCUGAUCGCUGCAGCGGUCCUUGGCUCCCAUGCCAUUGCGUCAGUAGCUGCGGACGAGUCCGCGGUCGCCGACGCAGCUUCGGCCUCUGCUGCGGACACACCCGUUUCGAACUCUGACGGUGUAGAGACGUUCCACUACGAGAGUGACAUUGCUCGUCUCCGCUCGCUCGUUAUCCACUCUCUUUACACGCAAAAGGAGGUCUUCCUCCGCGAGCUGCUCAGCAACGCGAACGAUGCCCUCGAGAAGCUGCGCAUCACGGCGCUCACGGAACCCGACGUCAUGUCGUCCGGCGAGGGCAAUGUGACGAUCAAGGUCGAUCUGGACGAGGGCGGCAAGACGGGCACGCUCACCAUACGUGAUACCGGCAUCGGCAUGACAAAGUCUGAACUCUCCAAGAAUCUCGGCACGAUUGCGCGUUCAGGCACCAACGAGUUCCUCAAGCUCGCCGAGGAGUCGAAGGGCUCCGAGGGCAACCUCAUCGGCCAGUUUGGUCUGGGCUUCUACAGUGCGUUCUUGGUCUCGCCCGAGGUCAAGGUCAGCUCGCUGCCGCCUGCGACCAAGGAGAACCCGCACCCCGUUCAGCACACGUUCGUCUCGUCCGCUACCGGCGACACAUUCGAGGUCUACCCCGACCCGCGCGGCAACACGCUCGGCCGCGGUACCGAGAUCGUUCUGACCAUUGGCGAGGAGGACAAAAAGUUCCUGUCCAUGAAGUAUCUCCGAAGUCUCGUCGACAAGCACUCGCUGUUCUCGACGCCGUUCCCGAUCUACCUAUACGAGAGGCAGCGGCCGAAGAACGCUGUCGGCGAGGAGGCGGAGAAGCCCGAGUUCCUCUGGGUCCAGGUCAACGACAAGGAGCCCAUCUGGACGCGGGACCCCAAGACAGUUCCGGAGAAGGACUACAUCGACUUUUUUAAGGCGAUCAACGAGGACAAGACGGUGAACCCGCUCGGCUGGAGCCACUUUUCGGGCGACACGGCGUCGGGCAUCUCUUACAAGGCACUCAUGUACAUUCCUGACUCGCUGCCAAAGGACUGGUGGACGCAGAUCCGCAACGGCAUCAACAACGUGCGCCUCAUGGUGAAGCGCGUGUUCAUCACCGACGACCUCGGACAGCAGUUCAUGCCCCGCUGGCUCUCCUUUGUCAAGAUUACGGUCGACGCGGAUGACCUGCCGCUGAACGUGUCGCGCGAGAACCUGCAGAACACGCGCUUCCUGUCGCAGCUGCAGCGCAUCCUGGUGCGCAAGGCGCUGGACCUCUUCACUCGGAUCGCCGAGGAGGAGCCCGAAAAGUUCAAGACGGUGACCAGGCUGUACGGCAAUGCUCUGCGCAUUGGCAUGAUUGAGGCCGACAAGGGUAAGCACAAGAUUGCCAAGUUGCUGCGUUUCCAGUCGACCAAGGGCGACGACGUCUCGUUUGAGCAGUACGUCGAGAACCGCAAGGAGGGCCAGAAGCAGAUCUACUAUAUGGCCGGUGUGGGCGAAAAGAUUGACGACCUGAAAAAGUCGCCCUUCGUCGAGAAGCUCAUUGCGCGCGGAUACGAGGUGCUGCUGCUGAACCAGGCGGCGGACGAACCCAUGAUGGAGGCCCUCUCCUCCUUUGCGGGCAUGAAGGCGCAGGACGUCGCGAAGAAGGGCCUCGAAUACGGCGACGAGGAGCUCGACAAGGCCGAGGCCGCCGAGCUUGUUGCAGCCAAGGAGGAGUUUGAGCCCCUGACCGACUGGCUCAAGGAGCACUUCAAGGGCCAGAUUGCCGAGGUCGUCAUCACGAACCGCCUCGUCACGUCGCCGUGCACGAUCGUCGUCGACAGUAUCGGCUGGAGCGCCAACAUGCAGCGCGUCAUGCAGCAAAAGGCCGAGGCCGAGGGCGACCCCAUGUUCGAGAUGCUCAAGAACCUCCCGAAAACGAUGGAGAUCAACCCCAAGGCGCCUCUCAUCCGCGGCCUGCUCGCGCGCGUCCAGGCCGAGCCCGAGGACCCCGAGCUGCUCGAGACCGCGCGUGUGCUCGUCGACACGACCCUCGUCCGCUCCGGCUUCGACGUGCCCGACACUGUAUCCUUCUUUGAGCGUGUUGAGGCGCUCCUCCGCCGCUCGAUCGCCGUCGAUGCCGCCGCCAAGACACCCGAGGACGUCAAGCCUGCGCCGCCAGUUGCUGCCGAGGCCCUGGAGGAGGAAUCUGUAGAAGACGAGAUCCCGGACGAGGAUAUCGGCCAGGACGACGAGGAGCUCGAGUGGGAGCAGUUUAAGAAGCAGUACUUCCACGACGAGCUCUGA